GCGACUUAUACUUCAGAGCGACUCAUGUUUUUUUUUUUUCUUCUUCAUUAUGCUUUUUUUUUUGUGGCUGCUGUCUGGAAAGGCGCACUUAAAAUCGCAGCUUUAAUUUUCUCAAAAAUCGUCAGUGCGCCUUAUGGUCCGAAAAAUACGGUAUGAUAACGUUUGCAUUAUAUGUGCCCAUAAACAUCUAAAUUAUGGGCCCAGUUAACCUAAUUCUAACAGCUGAGCAAUUGGAAGAAAAAAAUCAGAAUGUAAAUCAAUGACUGUCCACGUUAAGAUCGAGUACGUAAAAUGACUUUGAGGUCAGUUGAAAGGACACAGUGACACUUGUAACUUUGAUGUUUUUAGGCACAUCACAAAGGCAAGAAGGGCAAAGGAAUUCGGUAAGAAGCAUUACAGAUGAAUAAUUAACAAAUCUCGAACGAUGUUGUAAUGUAUUGGCCUCAUGGUCGCAGGUGAUAAAACACAAUUAAGUAGUAGAGUCCGGGUAAAGAGUAAGGAGAGAACGAAGGCAUUGAUGCAACGCUCCAGAUUCCAACCUCCUUAAAACCCCCAGAAGCAUACUGGUUCUUUAAAAAAAAAAAAAAAUUGAAAAAAGGUUUAAAGAGGUUUCUAACCCUCUCCAGCUCUGGAAGUAAUGCAUCAAAACAAAUAAUAAUCAUAGCAAGAAAAAAAAAUAGAUUUAUAUAGAUAUAUAUGUAAAACACUUGGGAGAACAAUGCAACUUAACCGAUACCAACUGCAGUAAAACAUUGAAGAAAAUAAAUGUAUAAAAUUGCCUGAGAGAAUUUCUCAAGACAACAGAAAAACUUGUGGCAAUGGAUCCAACGGGGGAACAAACGGACGUGAAGACAGGAGAUAUUGAUUUCUUCACGGAUAUCUUCGUCUCCAAUAUUAUCAAAGACACAGUGAGAGCCAUACAGAGCAUGAAGGAGUCGCUCAUCUCCUGGGAUGCACUGGAACACGGGGUGUUUGGUGAUACGGAGAGCGUCUUUAACAGCCUUGGUCCACAAACGAAGCAAUAUGCAGAAAUGUAUUUGACCAGAUAUUUCGAAGUCCAGAUGAUGAAAUCUUUGCAAGAGAAUCUAGAACAUGAAGAUUGCAGCAAAGGCUACCUUUUCCCUGCUAUGCUGAAGGAAGAGGUACAUGUCAAUAACUCGGAGGAAAGAUCGUUCUCCGUACCAAAAUUGACGGAGAGCUUCUGCAGCACUGAGAACAGUUCCUUCCUGAACUGGUCGAGUAUGUCCGGGUUGAGGAGUUUAGCAGCUGCUCGAUCUUUCGCUUCACCAACUCCUAUGGCAGCGAUGUCUAAUCCUGCGGAACAUAUCGUGGUUAAUGAAAGGGAGAAAAUCAAUUCAGAGCGAAUGAAUACCUCGGGGGAAAAAUCCGACUUGUUAACCGAUUUGUUUGUCAACAUGUACGUCGCAGACAUCCUCAAACGUACGGUAGGAAACGUCCAUCAACGGGAAUCGUGUUUCCUCUGGCAUGCACUGGAGCGCAACGUAUCAGAGGAUAGAGAGAAUGUGUCCAACAACCCUAAAGCAAUUACCAAGAGACAUUUGGAGGCAUGUCUGAGGAGAUAUUUUGACAUGCAAAGAAUAUCUGAAAAAUCUUUCGUAAAACAACAGAACGAAGGAACAAACAAACACAACAUCUCUCUAACGAUGGUGAACAAAAAGGGCCAAGAGAAAGGCAUCGUGAUUGACAUCAUUCCUGACAAAUCCACCACACCCUCACUAUCCAGUUCUAAGUCGAUUGACGAUCUCUCUCAGGCCAACGUAGCGAGCAACAGCCUCUCGCCGCAUUUGUUAGAAAAAAUUGCUUCAUCCACUAGAGCGGUAUCCAACUCCCAAGUCGCAGACAGUUGCUCUAAAUCUAAAAGUGAGACGUCAGGAAAGAAGGGACACGAUAAAGACAUCAAUGUCUCCAACGAAUCGGGAAUUACUUGUAAAACGUCAUACAUGGCCGUUUCCCCAUCUACGUCUGCCGCUUUGUCUGGCUUCGGGGGGUCAGACAGUUGCCCCCUGGCGUUUGAGAGAACCAACGAUGUCUCUCCAGUUUCCAAAAGGAAAGGAGACUUCAGCAGCUCAACAAACCCAUCUUCGGCACCACAGGUGAGCAGUAGAAUAGCCUUCUCCACUUCGUCUCCACCUUCAACUACUGCAGUAACAGACAGCGGUUCUCAGGCCAGACCGGCUACGAGAGAGGGUCGCCACAAAGACGUCCAUAACAAGACCCUUGAGAAAAGAGCAUUCCCCAGUUUCCCUAUUUCAGAUCAAGAAAGACGUACAAGUAACGCCAUUGCCGCAGUAAUCCCCGAGAAGAGCAUUUUCCUCAGAUCGUCCGCUGCGUUGCAGAAAACCAGCAAAAAACCUGCGGUUUGUGAAUCGGAGUCAUCUAUCACCACGGAGCUAACCAAAGCUACCUUACGCAACAUCCAUCCAUCCAUGGUGGACGAGGAGCUCAAGAAGAAUGUUCAUCAGCUUGUAAAAUGUUUCAAAAUGUUGGAAACCCAAGAAGAAAAAGAUAUUAAAAACGUGUUUCCUGAUAGUCAAACACUGCUGACUACUAUGGCAGCAGAGGAUCGCUUAGGAGCCACAAAGACCGGCAAUGUUGCCCCAUUUUCAGGGAAUGGCACAGAGCGAAAAGAUACUCCAGUCGCACAGAGACCACCCCCGGCCUCCUUCACUGGAUUAGAGCCCUAGGGUGGCGGACAGUUGCUCUCAGGCCAUUCCAAAGACACCCAGUCUUUUACCAGCUUUGCUGGAGAAAUGGGCACAUGCCAAAG